CUUCACAAGCCUCGUCUGUUGAUGCUAAGUACCUCUUCACUAGAAACCUGCCUGUUAUACGCAUGAAUGGGUCUUCCCAUGUUCUGCCCAAUUCCGAUCGGAGAGAUUUGAUAUCUCCAGACGCCACAGUCACAGCGAGGUUGCAACAACUUAUCAGCGACUUUCACGGCCGAGGAAGCAACAAGUUCUGCCGUAAUUACGCCAAUGAUCUGGAUCGGAGCAGGUCGGUAUUCUGCAAAGAAAAGUUCGUUGCCUUACCAGAUUCUGCGCCGUACACGACAGAAGUAUUGCUGGAGUACCAUUCUCUUCAUAGUCGGCAAUUCCAGGAUGCACUUGCAUCUAUCGUACAUGUCCUCUCCCCCGUCUCUGUCGCCGAGAAUGCGUUGUAUAAUGCUGGGUUAUGGCCUCGAGUCACACCAAAUCUCCUCUUCACUCGCAUGGCUUCUGCAUCGGGAAGUUGUUUGGGGAAGGCAUGACUCGGACGUACAGCUCUUGUCUGCCUGUCGCAAAUACUCCUGCAGCUGCAACGCUCGCGAAGGUUGUUUAUAUUUGCCGCUAGCAAAAACUGGAGCGAG